AACACGUACACACACUUUCGGCCAGCAAAAGAAAAGACACAGAACCGAGAUGCAUGCAUAGAGGCAGCAGAUGAAAACACAUGAGAAGCUUCACUUUGCAGACAAGAGAUGCACAUUACAGGACAGAAAAAUUAAAAGAAAAUAGAGGCUGAGAGGAGGUGACGAGAAGACCAAAACCGAGGAUAAAAAGAGAGAACAGAGCCAGAGACGGGGGAGGACGAGAAACCGGAAGAAAAACAGAGUACAAAGGGAGAGAAACGAAAUGCAAAAAAAAUAGAAAAAGAGAGCACUAGAAUGAGAGCACAAAACCGAGGAAGCUUCAGCGAUAAAGGACAGAAGAAAAAAACAGAAAAAGGAGAGGAGAAAAUUGAGAGGGAGAGACCGAGAAUGGAUCGAGAAGGAAGCAAAAACAGAGUAUCAAGAUGAGACUGAGAGAAACAGGAAACCGAAGAGGAGAAACCGAGCAAGAAGAGCACAGAAACAGAGCAAAAGAGAGGACCAAGAACGUAAAAACAGAGGUGGACGUGAUGUCUUCGAAAAACCAGCAGGAGCAGGCUUAGAGAUGAAGCGUCCGUAUGCCCAUGAUGAUGACAAGAUAAAAAGCUGAAGAUGGUGGAUGUCAGUGAGCGGGCUGACUAUUGGGCUGCUAGAAACUCUAGUUCUUCUGUGUAUUUCAACGAUAAUCUGCUGUUCAAGGUGUUGAAGCUCGUGGACGUGAGGACGUUGGUCAUGGCGGCUUGUGUGAGCAAGCAGUGGCACAAGACGAUGCUGGAUGAGCGGCUUUGGGAGCUGAUCUACACCAAACGGUGGGUUAACACUGGCUGUGGUGAGCAGUGGUCCUUGCCCCCGGUGACUUCCAUUGUCACCACAUUCUCUACCUCUGGUCUCUCUCCAAGCCCCAGAGAAAAUGCCAGACACGUUGCUGGAUUGCAAGCGCAAGAGGGAGAAGAAGAUGAAGAGAAAAAAAAAAGAAAAAAGCUGAUUGGAGAUAACUGUUAAAAGAUAAAGGCUAUGGCUUGAAUAAUAUUGUUCUCUUUUCUCCUUUCCUUUCCAAGAUUUUAUAGUGGGCAUAAGUUUGCAUGAGUCCUUAACUAGUUAUUUAUAAAAUAUCAGGUAUAAUCUUGUGUC